AUAAAAAAGAAAACGUCAAUUGACAUUGCAGAUCAGCUGAUUCUCCGAGUACAAUACGUUAAUAUAACACCGGUAAUUACGCAAAUCUUUUAUCAUUACAUUGAAUAUAUUUUUCGUGUGGUGGCUCGAACGAUGAACGAUAUUCGCCGUCUGAAGGAACAACAGCGAGAUAAACACCCCGGAUUUGGCUCCUAUCUAGAGUGCAUGACAAGGUCUCUGUUUACCGGUUUGGCAAGCUUUACUAUCGGAUUUUCGGCAACAUACUUCCUGCAAAAGUUGCUCGCUCACAAAUUGCCAUAUCAACCAAAAACUGCAAUUCUUAUAUCCUCCUUGAUUGCAACCGGGGCUUCGUACAAGGUAACAACAGAUCGAACAAAGUCUUGUCAGGCUGGUUGGAUGGCCGCUGAAGGGAAGUACACUGCACUGUCCGAAGAAGAAAACGAGGAUUCUAUCUGA